AUGGUAGAAGGCGGAGGAGCUGCUGGGCCCGAACCGAUUUCGGGGCCCAAACCCACCUCUUCGUACGAAUCCUUCGGCGACCGUCUCCGGUUCACGGUGGAGCUCCGUCCCGGAGAAACUACCAUCGUAUCGUGGAAGAAGCUUCUGAAGGAGGCUACCUCCAGUAAGCCCAACGGACCUGGCCGAUCAGCUUCGUUUCCGUUGCCGGAUGCCCAUCAGCAGCCGGUUUCUCAUCCUUUGCCUCCGGUACCUGCGGUGGAAUCUUCGAAUCAGGUGGCGGAGAAUGAAUUUAAAGACUCACAAGCUCAGGCCGGGCCGAACCGUUUGAGCAAUGUGAUUGAGAAAAUCGAGCGUAUGUAUGCGGGUAAUGGCAGUAGUGAAGAGGAGGAUGUUUUUUUGGAUGAUGUUCCCGAUGAUGAUGAUUAUGAUACAGAUGAUUCAUUCAUUGACGAUGCCGAAUUGGAUGAUUAUUUCAAGAUCGAUAACUCAUCCAUAAAGCAUGAUGGAUUUUUCGUGAAUCGUGGAAAGUUGGAGCGCAUUGAACCUGCCACAGCUGCAGACCCACAGCCAAAGAAAAGGAGACGUAAAGAUGCUACCAAAGGGGAAAGUGGGAAAAAUGAUGUAGAUAAUCCAAAAAAACAAGUGAAAAUGGGGAAUAGAGGUAGAAAAUCGAAUGAAAGAAGCUCCACUAGUCAGCCACACAGAAUGACGGCACCAAACAUGCUAACUUCUGAAGUACCAUCUGAUCCUUCUCCAUCAUAUGCUGCUGAAUCAUUAAAGAAGAACACUGUAGAUAUCCAAAUAGCUAUGAAUCCUUCAGAACUUCCGAGCGGUGAAGGCAUUAGGCAGAAUAAGAAUGCUGACCAGCAGACAACUAGAAUUCUCACAUCAGAGGACCAUAAUAGUAAACUGAAAGAGAGUAGGGAACUUCAAGAGCCGCCAGCUCAGGGGUCCAAUAACAAAAAUUUACAUUUAAGCGAGUCUCAUUCUGGGAAAAAACUAAAUAAUGGCGAUGAGCUGGGUUCAACUAUUCAACAGAAAGAGAAAGGUGGAAUUGUUGGGAGAUUUGACCUUAACGUCCCGCCUAGCGCUAGCAUUAGCAGGGAACCACAAAUUACAAAGGCUCCUCUCAUGCCAAGAAAAGAAGGAUCUAAUGUUAGAUCAAGAAUCUCAAUGCUCGAGAAGGCCAUUCGGGAGUUGGAAAAAAUAGUUUCUGAAUCUAGACCACCUUCUACUGAAGUCCAUGAUCCUGAUAACUCUUCUCAGACAGUGAAAAGGAGAUUGCCGCAAGAUAUAAAGCAGAAGUUGGCGAAAGUUGCUAGAUUAGCGCAUGCCAGCUAUGGAAAAAUACCAAAGGAUGUGACCAAUCGUUUGAUGAGCAUUGUUGGCCACUUAAUGCAGCUUAGGACGCUGAAGAGAAACCUUAAAAUCAUGGCUAAUUUGGGGUUAUCUGCUAAACAAGAGAAGGAUGAUCGGUUACAGAAGAUAAAACAAGAGGUUGCAGAUAUGGUCAGGCAGUGGAUUCCAUAUAUGAAGUCCAAGUUGGAGCAUCAAAAUGCUAGUUCAGAUGAUUUUCAAGGAGCUGCGCUAGAAGAGAAAGAAGCAUUGAAACGAAAGUACAGAAUGGAUGAUGCUCUGGAAAAUAAGAUUUGCGAUUUAUAUGAUCUUUAUGUCGAGAGACUAGAAGAAGACUCGGGCCCUCCUGUCAAAAGACUUUAUGAAGAGCUUGCAUCAUUGUGGCCUAGUGGAAUCAUGGACACUCAUGGAAUUAAACGUGCAAUAUAUAAAGCUAAAGAUAGGAGGAAGGCAUUAUCUAACCGGAGGAAGGUUUUAGACUCGGAGGAAAGGACAAAGGAUAUUCCCAGCAACAGUUCACUUAAUGCCAUGCCACAUGACAUCUUGCCGAAAAAGAAAGUCAGCAGAAAGUCAAAGUCGAACACAGAUACCGGUGAAGCUCAGUUAGACUCUGAGGAAAGGCACAAACAGCAUAAGCACGUAGCUAUGCCCGUCCAUAAACCGAACCUUGCGCCUGCUGGCCCUGACAACCCGAGUUGA